UUUAUAUCGCCACCUGCCACCAAGCUUCCUCAACAACCCAUCACAGCUCUAUCCCUCCGAACCUUUGCCAUGAUGAGAAGAUAGAUCGAAGGUCCUGAAACUCUAAGAGGCCAAGUUUUGUAAUCUGAUUCUCUUGUAAUCUGAUCCAUAUGAAGUGAGCAAAUGAAAAGGCUUGUUGGUCUUAUGGAGGCUAGACAUCGACUGGCUGGAAGUCUUUCUGAUGCAAGUCGAAGAAGAACCUACAAAAGCAGUAGUCCCAAAGAAACAGCUAAGUUGGCCAAUUCGUGUCAAGAAAGGAGUUCAAACAGCAAACUUCAUUGGUUGAAGUGCCUCACUGUAUUUCUUAUGCUUGGAAUCUUGUUUAAACUUUUUUACUCUCCGUUAAAGUGUCGUUAUGCAAAAUCAUCGUACAGUUUUGCUCGUUCAAGUUUUGCAAGUGUUGGAUGGAUGUGGAGUGAGAAAAUCCCCGAUCAAAGAUACACGUCAAACUUAAAUACUCCUUGGGCUCAGACACUACAAAUCACAAAAAAGCUACAUGAAAAGAAAGAAAAUCUGAACGUUGGAUUAUUAAACUUCAACAGCACUGAGAUCAAGCUUUGGCAAAACCUCUUCCCAACUUCGAAAAUUUCCGAAGUUCAUCUCGACAGAGCUGCCAUAGAUCUUACGUGGGAUGAUCUCUAUCCAGAAUGGAUUGACGAAGAAGAAGAAUCAGAUGAACCAUAUUGCAAAAAGCUUCCAUACCCCAAGCUGCCAAAAGGAUCACAAUUUGGCUUAGUUGCCGUCAAGCUUCCUUGUAAUAAAACUGGAAACUGGACGAGGGAUAUUGCUCGGUUACAUUUACAGCAUGUGGCAGCCAAGCUUUCGGUAGAGAUGAAGGAAGGUCAUGAUCCAGCGCAUGUUCUUCUUGUUACGGACUGUCUUCCGAUACCAAAUCUCUUUUCAUGCAAGCGUCUUGUUGAAAGAAAGGGAGAUGUUUGGUUAUACAAGCCUGACUUGCAGGUUCUGAAGCAGAAGCUAGAGUUUCCAAUUGGGUCAUGCAGAUUAUCACUUCCGUUUGAACAUAAAGUGAGGCCAUCAUCAACGAAUGCCCGCAGAGAAGCAUAUGCAACAAUUCUUCACUCUGAGGACGAAUAUGUCUGUGGAGCCAUUGCUGCAGCUCAGAGUAUACGCUUAACUGGUUCAACCAGAGACCUCGUAAUCCUAGUCGAUGAAACAAUCAGUAGCCGUUACAAAAAUGGGCUUGAAGCCGCAGGGUGGAAGAUCAAAAAGAUCAAAAGGAUAAGAAAUCCUAAAGCUACAAAAGACGCAUAUAAUGAGUGGAAUUACAGCAAGUUCCGCCUAUGGCAACUCACUGAAUAUGAUAAAAUCAUUUUCAUUGAUGCCGACCUUCUAGUCUUAAGAAACAUUGAUUUCCUCUUCACUAUGCCGGAGAUCAGCGCAACAGGCAACAAUGGAACUCUGUUCAACUCUGGUGUGAUGGUUAUAGAGCCUUCAAACUGCACGUACAACUUGUUAAUGGGACACAUCAAUGACAUAAAAUCAUAUAAUGGUGGCGACCAGGGUUACUUAAAUGAGAUAUUCACAUGGUGGCAUAGAAUUCCCAGGCACAUGAACUUUCUGAAACAUUUCUGGAUUGGUGAUGAAGAGGAGAAGAAGGCGAAGAAAACUAGAUUGUUUGGAGCUGAGCCUCCGAUUCUUUAUGUGCUUCACUACUUGGGAUACAAGCCAUGGCUGUGUUUUCGGGACUAUGAUUGCAACUGGAAUGUGGAUUUCAUGCAGGAAUUUGCGAGUGAUGUUGCACAUCACAAGUGGUGGAAAGUGCAUGAUUCAAUGCCCAAAAAGUUGCAAAAAUUCUGUCUUUUGAGUACGCACAGGAAGGCAAAUUUGGAGUGGGAUAGGAGGCAAGCAGAGAAAGCUAAUUACUCAGAUGGUCAUUGGAAGAGGAAUGUGAGUGAUGAAAGGCUAAGAAUCUGCAAAGAUAGUUACUGUGACUGGAAGAGCAUGUUAUUGCACUGGGGAGAUCCAAUGUAUGAUGAUGGCGGCCCAGGCUUUCAAAAGCUGGCUAAGAAAUUACCGAGCCUUUGAUCUUUUCACUUUCUUCAAUUUACUGGGGAGUUCUGCAUUCUUAUCAUUCAUGCAUGACUUCACCUGCUUGGUUGAGUGUAAAUUUUUUUAUUUCAGGUUCAUGGAGGUUUUGGGUAGCUCUAUUGUUUUUCGCUUUGAUUCCCCAUAUUUCUUUCUCUUUGAACCUUCUUAUAACGAUAGACAUUACAGGGCUUGCGUUAAUAACUGGUUUUGGUUCGUUAUACAUUGAGCUUCUACAGUCCUUGAUUCAUUGUACGCAUUUUCUUUCGCUGUAUGAUAUGAGGUUGCAGAUAUUUAUAAGAUUGUCUUUUUUGCUUUAGAUCGUUUCUUGAAGUCCUGAGACAACCUUUUAGCGUUCUUGCAUUGAACAUUAUUUUUUAUUUAUUUGUUUGUUGAUUAUUUAUUACAGGUGCAAAAUUUAGCUUUCCAAAGCACGGAACAAUUGAAUUGUAUAAAACAAAUUGCUUAAUAGGAAUAAUGCUGCAAA